AUGGCCGACAAGAUCAGACCCUACAAUGACCCCCGAAUCUCCUAUCGCUCCGCUCACCUCAACGGCUUCACGUAUGGCUACAUCUACAGCGAAGCCUCACCUUCCGUGCCGUCGCGGGGGACCAUUUUCUUGGUCCACGGAUUCCCCGACCUCUCGCUGGGUUGGCGGUACCAGAUCCCCUUCUUGACCUCGUUGGGCCUCGACGUCGUCGCCAUCGACUGUAUGGGUUACGGCCGGACCGACUCCCCCCUCCACACCUUGUCCGCGUACACCUACAAACGAGUGUCGGACGACAUCGCCACCUUGGCGUCUCAGCUACACCUCUCGGAGAUCAUCCUCGGUGGCCACGACUGGGGAGGUGCCAUCGUCUACCGCGUGGCUCAAUACCACCCCCGCCUCAUCAAGGCGGUCUUCAGCAUCUGUACCCCUUAUUUCCCCCCCUCCCCCCGCUACGAACCGUUGGGGAUCCAGGUACAGACGAAACUCCCCAACUUUGGGUACCAGCUCCAUUUUGCUUCCGGCGAGAUCGAAGCCCACGUACAACAGUCCAAACCGGCCAUCCGAGCCUUUUUGAACAACAUGUACGGGGCCCGCACGACCGACGACAACCAAGUCGCCUUCUCCGCCGAGACCGGCGUCGACCUGGCCAGACAGACACGUGUCGGCAAGAACAGACUCCUGGACGACGAUGAGAUGGAAUAUUACGUGUCCGAGUACGCCCGUCACGGCCUCAACGGACCCCUGAACUGGUACAGGAACCGAGAGGAUAAUUACAUGAACGAGUGGCGCGAUUUUUUCGACAACGGACGCAAAUCGCCCGAACAGAUCAAGAAGGACUUGACCAUCAAACAACCCGUGUUGUUCGUGCUGGCCACCAAAGAUCAAGCCCUCAAACCUUUCAUGGCCGAACGCAUGGGUGACCGCAUCCCGAACCUGACCAGACGAGAAGUCGUCUCGGGUCAUUGGGCUUUGUGGCAGCAACCCGAAGAGGUGAACCGACAUAUUGGAGAGUGGUUGAAGGAAAAGGUGUUUACCAAGCAUGGUGGUGGCGGCGGUGAUGGUAGUAAAUUGUAA